UACAGGUAGACGACAAUUGUGUGAAGGAAGAUGUUCAGCUGAGAGACGUUUUUGUGGAUAAGCGAUGGAGUUGCUGUGAGAAGAACAAACAUGGGAAGUGGGGCCAGUAAGAAAAAGGUCAUAAACAACCGUGUCGAGUAUGACGUCCAAAAACAUGUAGCAGACGUCGGCAGCAAAAACGUGGGAGACGUAACAGAAAAAUCACGUCAUGAUAAUUCUGCUCCACUGAUAGAGGACCUGGAAGAGGUGAUUGAACCUGCCAUUCGUAAGGAAGUAGCUGUACCUCUCGGCAGCGCGCCAAGGACCUCGGGUAGUCAUGAUAGCUCCACACAACACCAAGAGAGCAGGUCUGAUGAGAAGACAGAAAGCAAGGACAAAGAGGAUGACGAAGGAACAGAAGAAGUUGACAUUUCCCAUGAGCCAAAUAAUGCAACACAGCCAAAUGAAUAUCUGGACAGAGAACCAAAUGACAAGAACCUUGAUGAUGAUUUUAGAAGUACAUGCAUCGCCAAUGAAAACGAAACAUCGCCGUCUGAUGAAGAUGCAUCACCCGAUGCAUUAGGAGUGUCGAAGGCUAAGCCAGAGACCGAGUGCAUCAUAGCAGUUGAACCAACCAAGGAAAUAAAGAAACCAUUUAAACACGUCUGGCAGAUAUUCGGAAUGUACGCCUCUGUUGUAAAGGAAAACCAGGCCAAGAACCUCCCAGGCGUGGCGCUGAAAGUUGGCAAAGAACUGAAAGCGGUGGAGAAAGAACUCCACGAACGGUACAAAACACGGAAAGAGUUGCAGUAUUUCGCCAAAAUCGGUCUGACCACUAAAUGUAUGAAAUGUUGUCUAGUGAAAGCCAAGAUCAAAGAUUUCCUAUCAGUGUGGCAGGAUUCAACAGGAGCACUCGCUCUGUCUUUACUUCUCCGUAGACUUAAACGGCAGUUGGAGAUAACUAAAUCAUAUAACGAAACAGAAAGCAUGGAUCUUCACAAUCCACUAGGAAAUACGAAGGCAGAAAUGGUUGCAAAUUUGGCAGGGAGCGGGGCAGAAGCGCUCGACCGUGCUGACGAGUUCGGUUUGACUAACGUAGGUGAACACAUCUUAGAAGACGCCCUAGAUCUAGGAGACGGGCUACCGUACAUUAAGACGGUCCUGUCCAUCAUACGCAGCGUGUAUCGGAUAUUUAAAGCCAACGCAACGCUGUUAAAUGACGCCAUGGACUUACUCCGUACCAUCAGGAAUGUUGAGGUGAUUCUUGGGGGUACCAUCAUCGCUAAAGACGACAAAUCCGCGUUCCUCCUCGAACAACUGAUGGACGUCCUAGACCAGGCGGAAUUCUACGUCAUCCAGUGCAUCAUGCCUGACCAGAACGCCGUUGCCAAGGUACUCAAGGCCACAUCGCGGGCGGAUACGCUGCAGCAGCUUAAAGAGGACAUAGUAAAACAGCUUAACCAGGCUAUGUUCGCUGAGACCAUGAAACAGAGCGAGGUCCUGCAGACGCUAGACCAGAAGGCGAACAAGAUGCUGGAACUGAAAGUGACAUUAGAGCAAAUUGAGACGAACCAGCGAAAUCAAACCAAUGAUAUACAGGAAAUGAAAGAGAGCCUGCAACAAAUAAUGGAGGGACUGACACCGUCCAAGUACAAACCGGCCAAUGGGAAUUAUCUGGAAAUCGGCCCCUACAGAGUGCAGGUUCAAGGUGGGCGCCAUUUUAAAACUGCCGAGGGGGAGUACGUGGAGCUAGGCAGUGGAUAUAACUAUCGUCUGCUACUACGGAAUGGCACGAAACGAAAAUGCCAAGCUGAAGUCCAUAUAGACGGCCAUAAAAUCGGGGUGUUUGCGUUGCUGGGCGAGGAAGAGUACGUAAUAGAAAGACCCGUGGGUAUUCAGCGACGUUUCAUGUUUUACCGGACCACUACGGGAGCUGCCAUAGCGAACUCGGGAAUUGAGGCCAAGAGAAGAGAGAAUGGCGUUCUGGAGUGUGUAUUUACGCCGGAGUUGUUAUACACGUUUAAAGGACGCUUAAGGAACUACAAAGGUGAACUUUCGGAGGUGCACACGGUGGACUUAAGUCCUGACCAGCAAAUGGAGGACUUUGUGCGGUCAGUUAUUGCGUCCAGCACGGGGUUUGAACAGUCUGCAGAUGCCUACUUGCUCUUGUGUGGGGAGAGAUAUUGGCAUAUUGACAACUUCGAUUGGGGAGUGAAGCAACUGUACAAUUAUUGGAAAGGCACAGCUUCUGAGUACCUCCUGUUUAUAGAAAUUGCCAAGGAGGUGCACAUUAUCAAUCCUAUAGAUGACGAGAAUGUGGAGAAGGAAUCGUUUACCGUCGGAUAUACGGCUGACGUGAAGGAAGAAGUGAAGGCAAGGUUUAACAUUCCUAGCUUGGAAGACGUGUCAAUCAGUGACACAAAAAAAGCUGAUGAGUGUGAGAUCUACACCGUCCGAAUACUGAAAGUGAAAGUGAAAGUGGUCAAUCCCCCGGAUACUCUCACAUUGUACUUCUUUAAGAGCCAGGACGUGAAAGAGAUGGUCGAGAAGGAACUGGCCAUUAAUGAAAGCAGUGACCAGAGCAUAGAGAUACACCACACGAAAGAUUCAGUACAUGAACAUUUUGUGUCCGACGUCACCGUGGUCGUGAACAAGGACAUCACACUCCACGUGACUGCCUUUGACGGCAGGCAAGAUGACGUUGUGGUCAAAACGUACUCUACAAUCGAGCAGUUGAUGUACCAACUUAAAGAACAGAACCUCGUGGAGUCCGACAGCGACGGUUUCAAGCAUUCUCAUAAAGAGUGCCAAGUAAACGAAGUGGAGUACCGCUGGACGGAAUCCAAGUCUAUGUACCUUGCUCUGGAAGGCUUCUCGAAUGGCUCCACAGUCGUUGUAAAACCUACCAUAUUCAGCUACACCAUCCGAUACAGAGGUAAAGGGUCAGAGGAGGAGCUUUCUAUUAAGAUUGAGGCGUAUAAACGAGUGGCAGACCUGGUAGAACGGACUGAGAAGGAAUGCGAUGAAAAGGGCCUAAAUCUCCCGAAAGGAUUUUUCUUAGUAAGAGGCGACAGCGAGAUUCUAGACACAAGUAUGGCCUUGAGAGAACUCGGUGGCAGUCAAGAUUUGACAAUAUUGGCUCCCCAAUCAGACGUAAGCAUCGUAGAGUAUGACACACUGGAAGAGAUCGGUACAGUCUCAGACGUCACGGUGGAAACAACUAUACAGGAACUUCUUGAUAAGAUACGCCAGCUCUUGGGAAAACGGGAAGGCAACCUGGAUGAUGCUAGCGUGGAAGAAAGGCACAUCUGUAUAGAGUUCGAAAACAACAACAGCUUCACCACUUUUUAUAACACGAUGAUCAACGACAAAGAUGAUCUGAAAGACACGCUUCCCGUUUCCCUGCUGAUUGCUGCUCCACCUACCGUCAAAAUGAUAGAAUCUCGACCCAUGGAGGUGACACUGGACAUCUUCAGUGAAAACCUGUCCGGCUCAUGGCAGAAGAAAGUGAUUACAGAGUCCUGCUCUACCGUGGCUCUGGUUUUAAGGAGACUGAUAGAUGGCGCUGUGAAGACGAGUGAAACUGGGAAUGUAGUUCAGGAUGAAAAUGAGUACAAGCUCAGAUUUCUAAAACCCGAGUGGCUUUUUAUUCGUGGAACCAAAACAAAAAUUCCAUUUGAAAGACGCUGUUUAGCACAACUUGGUAUCGGUCACGAGUCAACUAUUAAGUUAACAGACACAUCUCUAUAUGAAAUAGAAGAAAUGGAAAAAUUACAAGCAAAACUUAAAAUGGAAAUGGAUGACCUAGAUAUGGAGAGGUUAAAGCGAAAAGAAAAGUUGUCACGAAGACUUAAAGAAUACCACAGGGAGCUAGACGAUCGCCCACUUAUAAAGAUGAAAGCCGCCGAGCGCAAACUUAGAUAUAUACUUGACGCUGACGAAGCACUCCACAGCAUUAGUGACUAUAGGGUAUGUUCCGGUGCCACCACGCUGCAGGGAGGAAGCAGGCAGGAGUUUGAGCCGGUAGAACCCUUCCCGUUGGACCACUCUAAUAGCGUUGUGUUAAGUUUGCGCAUGGUAGCCAGAGUGGGCUCGGAGUGCCCGUUGCCGCUAGAUGACGAAUGCAUUCCACUGGCCUCGGUUCGUCUCCUGGACAAGCCCAUCCACACUAUGGUGCGACCAAUAGAUGGCACUACUGUCAAAUGCGAAGCCCCGCCCCCUUUGCCUGAUUGACAGUGUUAUAUAUUUCCAUCUCUUCUCAGUUUUGUGUCCAGUGGUUUUAAAAAGUAUUUUGAAAAGCAUUGUACGAUAUAUAUUCUCAACAGAUAUUUUCUUCCAUUUGCAAGUGUGACUUUCGGGGCAUAUACAAUGUAUAUCUACAGACUUUAUCAUGGCAUCGCACAUGCUCAAUGUUCUCGCCUGGUGAGGACUUUAUGUCAAAAAUGCACUGAGGAUGGAACAAUUACCCUUUUUGAAUCCUGAUCCUACUGAGCACCUGUUGGAUGUGCACAUUGCAGAGGAGAACCAACCCCUCUAAUACUCUGGAACAUCUCCGUCUAGUUAACCAUUAAUAGAUAUUUAAAAAGUAAAAAAGACUUGUUACUUUUACUGAAAGCAUGGCGCACUGCCUUUAGUACUUGGCACGAACACACUAUUAUCAAGUGUAUAGUUAGGAGCUCGGUCUGGCGGUAAUUUAAAAUAAG